AUGGUCAGAAAUUCAUCAAUUUUAUUUUUUAUAACAAUUGUUAUUUUUUUUAAUCUACACGAUAGUCAUCAGUGUUCGCCUCGUCAGGGAGUACCGGAAGAAACCGAAGAUACUGCGAUAAUUGAGGAUUCGCCAUAUUUAAAAUAUUUGCGUGAUUACACUAAAAUAGUAAGUCAUGAGCAAACAUUUAACAGAAGAUGGUUCCAUUAUUUGAAAUGUAAUGGCACUUAUGACAAAGAUGUCGGCGACGUACUGAGAGGGUUGUGUAGUUACUGUUCGACAUUUCGAGAAGAUAAUAAAAGUAAUCAGUGGGAAUGCAUGAAUCAAUGUUACACUGGUGUACAGUUUGGAGAAUGUCUACAUGAAUACAGAAAAAGAAGUAAUGGUCAAGUUAGAUUUAUUAGUAGUUUUGUAGAAAAACUCAGUGGAUCUAUGCCUCACUACAUUGGUCUUCAUAUAAUGAUAUAGAAAAAAUUUAUACAUAUUUUAAUAAAGAAAUACU